CUGCCUCUCCUGGUGCUGCAGGUUGGUGGCUUUUCCUGGGAGGACUGUGGUAAUGGGCGGGAUCCCGUCGUGCUCCAGAGCCUCUCGGUGGCACCCGACCCCAUCAGCAUCCCGGGGACCCUGCGCAUCAGCGCGGCCGUGAGCAGCAGCAAGGCCAUGACCUCCCCCCUGAAGGCGGUGCUGGUGGUGGAGAAGGCCUUGGGUGACCUCUGGAUCCAACUGCCCUGCAUCGACCAGCUGGGCAGCUGCACCUAUGAUGAUGUAUGCACCAUCCUCGACAACCUCAUCCCACCUGGCACGCCCUGCCCGGAGCCGCUGCUCACCUACGGCAUCCCCUGCCACUGCCCCUUCAAGGCGGGCUCCUACUCACUGCCCGCCAGCGACUUCGCCCUGCCCGAAGUCGAGCUGCCCUCCUGGAUGACCAACGGCAACUACCGCGUGCGGGUGGUGGUCAGCAACAAGGGGCAGGAACUCUCCUGUGUCAAGCUGGGCUUCUCCCUGCAGUCCCAGUGAGGGGCUGGGGGCAUCCCUCCUCUCCCCACUGCCUUUUUCAUUCAUCUCAUCCCAUCCUCAUCCCUUCUCCAUCCCAUCCCAUGUCCAUCCCGUAUCUGCUGCUCUGUCUGUCUGUACACCUCCACCACCCUGUCCCUCCCUGUGGUCCCAAACUGACACUUGAAGCAGGAGGAGAGGAAAGCUUUGGGUGGGCACAGAAGCUCUGCCCAGCCCUGUACCUGCAGGGUCAGAGACUCUGCUGCCAGGAAGAGGUCCCCCGUUGUACCCGCUUGGUAAAUCCUCUCCUGCCAAACAUAGAAGGGACCCCCCUUGCUGUCCCUCUGUCCCCAACCUCACCACCAGUGUCCCCAACCUGGAACGAGGUGGCUUUGGAGCCUACCCCCAGCCUUUUGGGGUAACAAUUUUUUACUCUUACCCCUCUUUUUUUUUUUAAACUUUCUUAAUCCCAUCAAGGGAGUUUCAGACAAAAACAUUCCAGGGAAAAGCAAUACUUCUUGAAGGUGGAAAGGAAAGAACAUGUGGGGAAUGCAGGGGCUGGAGGGAUGCGGGGCGAGUUGUGCAGGUGUCCACACCCACCUCUACUGAAGCACAGAUGCAGGUCCCACUCAUCUCAUUCUGCCUACUGAGCUGGGGCAGGGUGCUGCACUCCAGCACAGGACCAGCAGCCCAGGUCUUAUCUGGGGACCCCUCAGCUUGGCUGACACCAGUGUGACCCCCCCCAUGCCUGUAUCAGCUCCAAAGGUGCGGGUGGCCCAUCAGCACCACAUCCAUCACUCCCUGCCCAACACCUUGUAGGGUUGCUCUUCCUCCCGGCGCUGUGUGUGCCUUAAUUUCAGCAUGGAGCAGUGGGAGGUACUUUGCCUGCAGCUGUUCUCCCCGUGCUCUGUGCCCCGAGCUCUCCCCGUCUCACUUUGGUGCAGCAUGGGGUCAUUCUGCUUGGAGAAGAGCUCACCCUCCCACCCUGCUCCUGCUGCUUCCCUGCUCACAGCCGAUACCCAAUGGCACCCUCCUUUCAGGCAGGUUCUUAAUAAAUCUUUUUACCAGAAAGUG